AAAAUUUUCAUCAUCAUUAUUAAUAACAUUUUUAUCAUCUGUUGUCGUCGUCAUCAUCGUUUUUCUGUUUGUGGUGGAACCAUUUAGUGGAUAAAUAUUCAUCAUCAUUAUAUCUCUGUACUUUCUUUGUGUGUGUGUGUGUAAACGACACGUGUAAGUUUUUUUUUUUUGCUUGUUUGUUUGUAAUGUUGAUUUUCAGUGAGGAAAAAAAUUCUUUAUACAGAAUUCGAUUUUCAUGAAUUUAGAGAUUCGAUUUUUCAGCUACCAAUCACCAAUAAUGAAAGUUUAUUAUUUGGAUCAUAAUCAUUAUAUUACCAAGACAAUGGAAUGUUUUUGGAGAUUUGCCAUUACAAGACGAUUAUCAUCAUUAUCUUCAUCAUCAUCAUCAUCAUCAAUUAAUAAAAAUCACAUGGAUAUGAUUAGAGCCAGAAACACACCACCAACCACAACCACAACGACAACUACAACAUCAAUGAUAGCAACAACAAUCAAUGCAUGUAGUAAACGGCAUGUUACCGGUAUUUGUAGUGGCAUUAUAUUUGAUACACAAAUUUUUAGUGGUGCCAUCUUGAGCUUGUCAUCAAUAUCACGAUCAUUAUUCGAUCAAUAUCAUCAGGCAUGUCGACAGCAUUUUUUUGCCAAAUAGAAAUCAUCAUCAUCAUUAUUUACAAAUUCGAUUAUUUUCUGAUCAAAAAAAAUCUACCACAACCAAAAUGUCUGAUGAACAAUCGAAAGCACAAUCAGCUACCGAUGAUGGACAAGAAACAAUUUUCGGUAAAAUGUUGAAUGGAAAAAUACCGGCCAAAUUUAUCUAUGAAGAUGAUAUGUGUGUCGCUUUUGAUGACAUUAAUCCUGUUGCACCAGUACAUUUUCUUGUCAUUCCACGUAAACCGAUAACACAAUUAUCGAAAACUACUGAUGAUGAUGAAAAAAUUCUUGGACAUAUGAUGUCUGUUGUACGUAAAGUUGCCGAACAAAAAGGAUUGGCCACCAAUGGUUAUCGUUUGGUUAUGAAUAAUGGUCGUCAUGGCUGUCAAUCAGUAUAUCAUAUUCAUUUUCAUGUUAUUGGUGGUCGUCAAUUAGGUUGGCCACCAUGUUAAUGUCAAGAAAUUGUUUCAUUCAACAAAUUCAAUCAAUAGUAGAAUUGAAAACAAACAAACAAACAAAAAAUUUUUUUUUUUAA